GAAGCAAAAACCAUUAAUCAAGCGUCCAAGUUCUAGAGGCGUAUGCUUACUCUUUAGUGCACGAACGUGACGACCGUUAAUUGAAGACUCGUAUUGCCCCUCGAUGCAGUGAGGCAAGUCUGAGCCGUGCCAUCCCACAUAGGCAUUGUCUUUCCUUUCGCCAAUUCCCGUUUUCCUCAAUUACUGACACCCGGGGCUCAGUACUUCGAUCAUUCCGAUCCAUCCAUGUCCGACAGCAAUCGCGAAAAGUCCAUCAGGUCAUCUUUUGCAGCUGGUUGUCUCGGUGGGAUUAUAUCAACACUGGCUCUUCAGCCUCUGGAUGUCGUUAAAACUCGGUUGCAGGCAGAGGUUCUUGGUGGGAACCCUAACCCGGGAAUUCUUCGCACUAUCAUCUCCGUCUUCCGUCAUGGGCCCAGCCGCCACUCACCAUUUCAGUUGGGCAGAUUGCUUAAUUUUUGGGUCGGAACAGUUGCAUCCCUUUGGCGAUGCGUACCGGGAAUCGGGGGAUAUUUUCUUUGUCUGGGUACUUUGGAGAAAGUUACUGGACAUUACAAACACUACUGGACUGGUCAUCUCAAGGUGCUGGAACCGAUGCACAAUUUCACUGUUGGGUUUAUUGCCAGAAGCGUGAUGGCACUAGCGCUGAAUCCUUUCUUGGUUGCCAAAACUCAGAUAGAAUCGGGCAGUUACGCAAGUCAUUCCCUCUUGCCCACACUUGAGCGUGUCUACCGGCAAUCGGGGUUACGAGGUCUGUAUAGCGGUGUUGUAGCCACAAUCGCCCGUGACGCGCCUUACUCCGGCUUUUACUUCAUGGCUUACUCUGCUAUCAAGAGCAAUGUUUGUCCCUCUGGUCAGGCGACUUCGUCUUCAGCCCAACCGUCACAGGCCCUUGCCUUCUGUGCUUGUCUUUCCGCGCUGUUUGCUUCCGGCAUCACCCAGCCGGCCGAUGUCCUUCGUGCCCAACGCCAGUUGAUGCUUAUCUCUCCUAACAAAAACGACGCUAUCUUGCGAUCCAGGCGUGUACUACAUGGCAACGUCGCCGUCGCCCAACCGCUGCCCCCUUGGUUUACCGUCUUCCAGCGUGUUUACCAAAGUGAUGGUUUCACUGGAUUGUGGCGUGGCCUAACUCUCCGGUUGGCACGCCGAUCUGGCAUCGCUAUUAUCAGCUGGGGCCUGUAUGAGCGCCUAGCCUGACUAUUCUUCAUCCUCUACUUUUGAAUAUCUUUUCUACCCUGCGUCACAAAAUCAGGUUACCUUUGUUGGAUUUUGCCGCUUAAGUGAUUUCUGUCUAUCGGACCAUUUUACACAUCUGUUAAUUGUUCUUUGUGCAAUAGACUUCUAUCAUGAUUUAUUUCAACACAUUUGUGGCGUUCUAUUCAACUAUCUUAUCAACUACUAUCUAUCUAUCUUAUUCAGCUAUCUUAGCUAGGUAUACAUUCUACUGACCCUUGUCUCGGAGUCUCCCCGCAGCACGUUGUCCUGACGCAUCGGUGGAUUCUUGUGUUCAUCUG